AUGGCUCUGCCGCCCUUCUUCGCCCCGGGCCGCCCGCAACCGCCGCCUCCAGCUCCAUUCGGCUGUCCGCCACCGCCGCUGCCCUCCCCGGCUUUCCCGCCGCCUCUCCCUCAGCGACCCGGCCCUUUUCCGGGGGCCUCCGCCCCCUUCCUCCAGCCUCCGCUGGCUCUGCAGCCUCGGGCCCCAGCGGAUGCCACCCCGCUGCGCGCCGACCUGGCUGAGCGGCUACAGCCGCUCACUCAGGCAGCCUAUGUGGGCGAGGCGCGGCGGAGGCUGGAGAGGGUCCGGCGCCGCCGGCUGCGGCUUCGAGAGAGGGCCCGGGAACGCGAGGCCGAUCGGGAGGCAGAGGCCGCGCGGGCAGCGGAACGCGAGCAGGAGAUUGACCGCUGGAGGGUCAAGUGCGUGCAGGAGGUGGAGGAGAAGAAGCGGGAGCAAGAACUCAAAGCUGCCGCUGAUGGUGUAUUAUCUGAAGUGAGGAAAAAACAAGCAGACACCAAAAGAAUGGUGGAUAUUCUUCGGGCUUUGGAGAAGUUGAGGAAACUGAGGAAAGAGGCUGCGGCAAGGAAAGGGGUUUGUCCUCCAGCAUCAGCAGAUGAGACUUUUGAGCAUCAUCUCCAGCGGCUGAGGAAACUCAUUAAAAAACGCUCUGAACUCUAUGAAGCUGAAGAGAGAGCCCUCAGAGUUAUGUUGGAAGGAGAACAAGAAGAAGAGAGGAAAAGAGAACUGGAAAAAAAACAGAGAAAAGAGAAAGAGAAAAUAUUAUUUCAGAAACGUGAAAUUGAGUCCAAGUUAUUUGGGGAUCCAGACGAGUUUCCACUUGCUCACCUGUUGCAGCCUUUCCGGCAAUAUUACCUCCAAGCUGAGCUCUCCCUGCCAGCUCUCAUCCAGAUAAGGCAUGAUUGGGAUCAGUACCUGGUGCCAUCUGAUCAUCCCAAAGGCAGCUCCGUUCCCCAAGGAUGGGUCCUUCCCCCGCUCCCAAGCAGCGACAUCUGGGCUACCGCCAUUAAGCUGCAUUAGUAAAGAUGCUCCAGGAUCUAUUUCAAGCUCUCAAUGUUAGUGAUGCUGCCAUCUCGUGCUGAGGACUAAAUUGCAACUUCUAAACUUCGUGUGGCAUUGCCCUACCCUGAAGUUACACUUUCCUUCUGUGCUCUGUCCUGGCGAGAGGGGCUUCUUGAAUCAGGAGAUUAAUAUUGUUCUUCAGGAAAGGACCUAGGUGAACUGAGGUUAUUAUUACAGGCAGUGGCCUUGGUUCACCAAAUUUGCCUCUGUUUUGAGGGGCUUGGUCCAGAGUGAUUUGUUAAUUUACUCUAACUUCCUCCUUUGGUGAUGGGUAAGUACACUCAAUACACUCAAAUACUCAGUGCAGGUGUACACUGGGUAGAUUUAGCAGCCCUCCGACCAAUACUGAGUGUGAAGGCAAGCUUUAUGCAAAACCUCCUUACUCUUCCUACCCAAAGAACCCUCUAAUUUCCAUGAGGAAAGGUCAAAAAUGCUUUAUCUUUGGUUUUGUUAAUCCCAGUUUUGGUGUAGUUUGGGAGACUGCUAGUUAGGAAGAUGGCAGUGGCUACAUGCUGGGCUGCCAGAAAAAAUAGUGGCCUAGUCUUGGUGGUCAUGUGGAGAACUUAGAAAACCUGAAGAGUACCUGUACCCAAAUUGGAUCAUGUUUUAAUGGACUAAGACUGUAUUCUCCCAUGUUAGAAGGAUUCUAAUGAGGGCACACAGGGGUCUAGUUGUUCAGAAUCUCCAAGCAUAGAUAUUAUUUCCCUGCGGGAGUGGGACCUUAACCAUACUCCAUCACAUUGUAGGAGCUGGUAUAGCUGUGGAAUUUUCUUAGGAACUCAAGCUUCCAAAAACAUCCAUGGAGUCAAAGCUGGGGGAAAAGCAAGUAAAAAUAAUGAAAUUUAUUUUCUAUAUUCAUUAAUAAAUGCUGUUGUGCUUGCGGAUGAUUGAUCACAUGACAUGUCAGGAUUUUUUGUUUUGGUUUGGUUUUUACCAAUUAUUUUGUUAUUUAUAUUUCAAGAAGACUAAAUAAAUUUUAUUUUUAUUUUUUAGUUUGAGCCUUUGACCCUAAUUUGUUGCCUCCUAAAUCACUUAAUGCAUACUUUCACAUUUAUGAAACACAUUUUCACCGCAAAAUUCAAAUUUAUUAAACAGGCUUUUGCUAUGGGAAAGUGAAUCUCGACAACCUUGCCACUAUGACAUCUGUAUUGAUGAGAAGAAAGGGUGUGUAAUGCAGGGACACAGGAAAACUCAGGCAGCAGAACCAAAGGAGAAGGUGGCAUUUAGUCAUAAGUGAAGAAAAGACCUUUCCCUCUUUCCUCUCAUUUGGCCUCUGCAAGGUUUUAAUAAAGUGAGCAUUAUUUUUGA